CUACACAAUAGAACUGCUUUCAGAUAAGCUAUUGUUUCUCCUACUCAGUGUAAAUGGAGGAGUCAUGACUUUACUGACCCAGACUUGGAAUGGGAGCAUUUUUUGCAAUGUAGGUGUCAGGGGGCUGUUAUCUUGCUCCCUUCCCAUUGUUCUGCUGAUUGGCUGCUGGGAGGGGGGUGAUAUCACUCCAACUUGCCGCUCAGCAGUAAAGAGUGAGUGAAGUUUAUCAGAGUACAAGUCACAUGGCUAAGCGCACUGGGAAAAUAAGAACUUCUAGCACCAUGUCAAAUAUCAAAAUUAAAUAUAAAAAAAUCUGUUUACUCUUUUGAAAAUGUUAUUUCAAUGCAGGAUUCUGUUGGAAAAGCUCUAUUAACUGAUGUGUUUUGUAAAAAGCAAGUUUUACUGUGACAGAAUCCCUUUAAGUAUAGAGAGAUGGGCAUAGGAUGUUUACACCUUUUAAUUAAGUUUCAACUUUAACCUACAGUGUCUGUAUAGUACAGCAAACUGUGAUUAAAUAACUUUUAUUCUAAUUGCGGCCAUUUUUAUUGUGCCUGUAAGUAGCAAAAAAUCAAUAUUCAUCAAACCCAGCUUGAAGGGGUGGACUCUUUUAUGUCCCUGUAUUUUUUAAAAUAGCUGAUAUAAAAUGAAAAUAAUGAAUUGGUUGGGGAUGGUUAACCCCUGCUUUACAAGGUGGUAUCUGAGCAAUGCCAGUGAAACGUGUAUCCUAUCGUGGCCUUAACAGACAGAGUUUUGUGAUUACCAGUUUAAUACAGUAACCAGUUACUAUGAUAUGUGAAAAAUUAUUUACAACAAAGGUGCCAUCUUUCUCUAUGUUUCAGAGAUGAAUUUUGUGCACCCUUCAAAAAGUAUUAUUCCUGGCCCUAUCCCAGGCUUUUAAAAUUGACCUACACAGAUAUAUUUCAGUUUAUCUAAAGAAAUCGCUUCAUGAUUUGUCUUCUCAAUCUUUUUCCCUGUAGUGUCCUGCCAUACACCAUUAGGUCCCCUACCAGGGGGCAUCUUCUACCCUCUGUCCUACAGCUCACAGGACUCCAUUUUGCUGGGAGACCAAGUUGAGGUAGAGGAGUCAACAGAUUCAGAAGAUAAUAAAAGAAGCGUCAUGAAGAAGAAGACCGUGCUAGCACUCUUUGGGGUUGUGCUUGGCUAUUUAGUGACAGGGGCUGUAGUGUUCCAAAUGCUGGAGCAGCCAUUUGAGGCACUAAAGCAGAGCCAGCUGAAUGAGCACCGUAGGGCCUUCCUAGAUGAGCACAUCUGCCUUCAAGAAGACCGCCUGGAUGAGUUCAUAGAGCAGGUGAAAGAAGCUAUUGGUUCUGGAGUUGAUCCUUCAGCAAAUGCCACCAAUGUUACCACACGCUGGGACAUCGGGAGCUGCUUCUUCUUUGCAGGCACCAUCAUCACCACCAUCGGAUAUGGUAACAAUGCCCCUAAGACAGAUGGAGGUCAGAUCUUUUGUAUUUUCUAUGCGCUGGUUGGGAUCCCACUCUUUGGAAUACUGUUAGCUGGUGUAGGAGAUCAUUUGGGAUCUUCCUUACGUAAAGGAAUCGGGAAAGUGGAAAUGUUGUUCUUGAAAUGGCACGUGUCAGCCACUAUAGUGCGGGUCAUCUCUGCUCUGCUCUUCAUUCUCAUUGGCUGCCUUCUCUUUGUUCUCAUUCCCAUGUUUAUCUUUCAAAAGAUUGAGAAUUGGACCCUCCUGGAGUCGAUAUACUUUGUGGUGAUCACUCUGACCACCACUGGCUUUGGGGAUUAUGUGGCAGGAGAUGGUGCAGGACAUGAGCACACUUGGUACAAGCCUGUGGUCUGGUUUUGGAUUUUACUUGGCCUUGCUUACUUUGCUUCCAUCCUAACUAUGAUUGGAAACUGGCUGAGAGUCCUGACCAGGAAGACAAGGGCUGAGAUGGGCGGCCUGACUGCUCAUGCAGCCAACUGGACAGCAAGUAUGACUGCAGAUAUGAAGCUGCCACACCGUGGGUUAAGCCUUAACUUCCAGGAACGCCUGAAGACGCAAAAAGGUGGCAUGCGAGCACCUGGACAAGAGCAGGUUGAUGUAGAAGGGGAAGACGAAGAGCAGGAGGAGGAGGAGGAGGAGGAGAGGGAAGAAGAGGACAAGGACCCUCCUCACAUCCUUUCGCCAUCUCCUCCAAUUGUUAAACAGACAUCACCAGUCAGUCCUCCCAUGAAAACGGAAGAUAUGGAGAUAAAGGCGCUGGAGUGGGGGGCAAAUAUGGCAUUCAUUGAUGAAUCCUCUGAUUCGCAGAGUGAGAAAGGAGAAGGAGAAAAACGGGUUGAAAGAGUUGGAAGGGCGAGGACUCCCAGGGGAAGGAGAAAGAGGAGGGGAGUAAAAGGGGACUCCCAUCAAUUCCCACGAAAUCGAGAUAAGGGGGAAAGUGGGUAAGAACAGUGGUUCCCAUAAUGAUAUAAUCUUGCUUAAUUAGUAUUCCCUAUUCCCAAAGUGCCAGCUCCCCCUUUCUAAUUGUGUCUAUUUGCUACCAGGAAAAAAAAUGCCCAAUGCUCACCUCCCCUUCCAUGUACUGGUACACAAGAACAUAUCCACAGCAUUAAUACACUUUAUAGCAACUGUACCAGUUUCUCUUCAAGAAUAUACAAUACAGGCAGUAGCAUUGCCAACAUUUACUUACCACAGUCAAUCAAGGUGCCCAGGAACAGCAUCAGUACCAGCCUCACCUACACACAAACGUGCUGCCCAGUGCCUACCCUUCCUACACACAGACCUAUACAGGCACAGAGUACUUCCAUAAUUCCUUGUUUUACACUGUAUUUCCUGUGCCUCUAUUUUAGUACUAAUGUUGAACUGGGGUGUUUUGGUGGCUUUCACGCCACCUGCCCCAGUCCUGGGCAAAACCACAACCCACUGCCUGCGUGACCACCCUUCUACCUGUAACUUAUACUUCACCACAAUGGAGGGAGGCCAUGGAGAGUGCCAAUACUUUCUGGCAGGGCUCGGGUCUGGGUCAGUGGGGGCCACCUUUUUUUUCCCUGUGUCCAGCGGCCCAGUCCAACCCUAAAUACUCCAAUAUAGGAUAGAACUUCUUCAGAGUAUAGUGCUGCAGGUUCUAAUCAGUGCUACAAUAUUCCUGGGCAUUCUGAGUUAAUAAGAGGUAUUUUCACUCUGCAAGGCAGGAGUUAAACAGUACACUAAUAUAACCUUUAUUCACCACUUUCACUAAUUGCUACUGUCAGCUCAAAUUCCAAGCAUCUGAUUGGUCUGUGAGGAUAGUGACUGUGGGCUGGUGGGGGGAGCCAAUGUGAUUAAUUAAUGAUCUGUAAUAAAGAAUUUAACAAGC